AUGUCAGAUCAAGACAAUCUUCCAAAUGAAUACAGUGUAUUGAGAAGUAUGUUUAAAUAUCACAUCGAUAUAUAUGUUGCAUUGUAUCAGUUAAAAACGGAAAACGAAGAAGAUUUAAACUCGAUUUACAAAAUGAUCAAAACAAACUUGAUUGAUUCAAAGAAAUGCUCUCCUCAAAACAUAAUUAAACAUAUUUCAAAAAUUAUUCCAUAUAAUAAUCGCUAUAUAAAGUCAUACUUGACUCUAAUGAAACUCAUUACUGAUGGCUAUAAUUUAACAGAAGUUAGAGAUAUUCCAAUCACCUGGGCAUUCCUCUUUUAUAAAGAGUAUGGAAUUAAAUUAGAUAAAAAUGCUAAUUUUGAAGAAAUGAAAUUAGAAAAUAUCGAUAUUCAUUCAGAGAAUACGAUUUACAGAGCAAUUAUGUAUAAUGACUUAGAAACAUUCAUUUCAUUCACAGAAAGAGAAGAAUUUGAUAAAAAUCAACAACUUUUUAGUAAAUUAUAUCCAUCUUCUUAUCAAAGAUAUUUAUUACUUGAAUUAUGUUGUUACCAUGGAGCAGUUGAUUGUUUCAAAUUCUUAAGGACCAAAUUUUAUUCAGAAAUAACUGAAACAUGUUUACAAUUCUCAUUUUUAGGAAGAAAUCAAGAGAUAAUGAGUGAAUGUUUGAAAUAUCAAGAACCUGAUUAUAAAUGCAUGGAAUAUGCAAUUAUUUCACACAACAUUGAUUUUGUUACAUUCUUGAUGAAUGAGUACAAUUUAGAGAUCGAAAUAGGUACUUGUGGAUUUUAUAAUAAUCUUGAAUCAUUUUUAGUUUAUUUUGAUCAAACUAAUGAAGUUAACGAAUUCUUUAUUUAUUCUGCGAUGUUUGAUAAUCCAUCUCUUUGCGAAUAUUUCCUUUCACUUGGGGCAAAUGUCAAUGAAUAUAUAUAUGGAGAAACCGCUCUUGAAAUUGCAACAAGAAAUAAUAGUAAAGAGACUGUUGAAUUUCUUAUUAACCAUGGUGCAACAAUCAAUUCUCCAGGAUAUCAUAAUACCCUUCGUGUUGCAGCUCUUAGAAAUAGUAAAGAAACAGCCGAACUUCUUAUUUCAUACGGCGCAAUUAUCGACGCAGAAGAUCAAAAUUUGAACACCCCCCUUCUUAAUGCAGCGGAUUUAAAUAACUCAGAAAUAGUCGAACUUCUUACUUCACAUGGUGCAAAUGUCAAUAAAAAAAUAAAUUAG